CCGUCAUCUGUAGUAAAAAAAGGACAAGAGAAAGCAACUAAAAACAUUUUCUGUAGUCGUCGUGGUUUUUUUUUGUGGUGUCUGGUUGGCGUUCUUCGUAUAUUUAGCAAAUAAAUAUAAAGAAGCUUUGCCAAACCAAAAUUUCCGGCGAAUUCCCACGAUGAAGUCCGCGUUCGUAGUGUAAGUCAACGCCGUGAUAUCGACAAAGCCGAACAACAAAAUGGUCAAACCUACCCCGAUGGAGGAAAAGCUGAAGUACUCGCUUCUGCGGGACCUCACCGACAGCCAGAGUAUAUGGACCCGGAGCGAGAAGCGGACCUGGUUCCUGACGCUGCUGGCCGGGACGUGUAUGUUGUACUCGACGCGGACCACGAUGCCACUGCUGGUGCCGGCCGUGGCUUCCGAGCGAAAGUGGAGCAAGACUGAUUCCGGAACGGUGCUGAGCUCGUUCUUCUGGGGCUACACGUUGACGCAGGUUCUCGGAGGGUAUUUGAGCGAUAAGUUUGGCGGCCAGAAGGUGAUUCUGUUGGCCGCGAUCGGCUGGUCCAUGUUGACGUUCUGGAUGCCGAAUAUCAUCACUUCGUCGUCGUACCUGUCCAGCUAUUCGAUCCCGUUUAUAGUGGCUAUUCGGAUCUUCAAUGGGGCCUGCCAGGGAGUUCAUUUCCCCAGCAUGAUAAGCAUCACUAGUCAGAAUUUGUGCGCAACGGAGCGGACCAGUUUCUUCAGCAUCCUGACGUCCGGCUCGGCCAUGGGAACGCUGUUGACGGGCAUUCUUGGGUCGUUUAUCUUGGACUACUUUGGCUGGCCAACGGUGUUCCGGGUGAUUGGUUUUCUCGGUCUGUCGUGGACGCUGCUGCUCCGGUAUUACACGAUGUCUUCCGACCGGAGUCGGAUCAUAAACAUUUCCCAGCCGAGUCGAAUCUGUUCCAAGCUGGGACCGUCGGAGGCCGUUCCGUGGCUGCGGCUGUUUGGCCGAGCUUCGUUCUGGGCCUGUGUGUUGGCCCAUGCUUGUGAGAUGAAUUGCUUCUUUGUGCUGCUGUCGUGGCUGCCGACGUACUUUCACGAGAAUUUCCCGCUGGCGAAGGGCUGGGUCGUCAACAUGAUCCCCUGGCUGGCCCUGCCUCCGGUGACCUUCUUUGGCAAAUCGCUCACCGAGCGACUGAUUGCCAAGCAGUGGUCCCUCACCCGGAUCCGGAAGCUGGUGCAGAGCAUCUGCUUCCUCGGCCAAAACGUGGCCCUCUUCAUCAUGUGUCACACGCAGGAGUUCAACACGGCCCUCACCUGCAUGUCAAUUAUCAUUGGCCUGUCGGGAUUCCACAACAACGCGGUGACCGUCAACCCGCAGGACCUCGCUCCGAACCACUCGGGCAGUGUGUUCGGCCUGAUGAACACGGUCGGGGCGAUCCCGGGCUUUCUCGGCGUCUACCUGGCCGGCCACAUCCUCGAGCUGACGCAGAGCUGGUCGGCGGUGUUCAGUACGGCCGCCGCCAUCAACACGUUCGGCUGGUUCGUGUUCACGAUCUUCGGCAGCACCGAGGCGAUCGUUUAGGACCGGACCACGAUCCACCAAUCGACAGAACAGGACACUUUUUGCCGCCCGGUGAAAGUGAGCAAUUUAGCGAAUUUUUGUUUUUUUCAAUCAAUUGUAUUGUAAGGGUACGAUUUAAAUCUGUGACUCAUUCCUAACCUAGACGAAAACGAACCAAAAUGUGUGCUCGCGAGCUCGAAAGAAAGAAAAGUAGAAGCGAGUUUGGGUAAGAAUCAAUUGUGACGCGAAAGGUUUUUUUUUCUCAUUCAAAAUAAACCAUUCAAGAUAAGUGGAAGCUACAUAAA